GGUUGCUUCUGCGUCUCGCCUUACUUUAUUAUGACUCAUUCGGUCUUUGCCGAUUAUUUGCUAUUUUUCAGUCUCUGCUUUUCUUCUGGUAAACACAAAAAUGGUAGCAAGAGGAAGAGGAGAAGCUGUGCUUCAAUGUCUGUCUUUACCUCUAAUAAUUAUUCAUAUUCAGUUGUUCUUAGUAUCCGCCAACUUCUUCAAACCGUUCAACGUUAGCUAUGAUCAUCGCUCACUGAUCAUCGAUGGUCAUCGUCGGAUGCUCAUUUCUGGCGGAAUUCACUAUCCUCGCGCCACUCCCGAGAUGUGGCCUGAUCUGAUUGCAAAGAGCAAGGAAGGUGGUGUAGAUGUGAUUCAGACUUAUGUGUUUUGGAAUGGACAUGAGCCAGCUAGAGGACAGUAUAUCUUUGAAGGAAGAUAUGAUAUUGUCAAGUUUGUGAAGCUUGUGGGAGCUAGUGGACUCUAUCUCCAUCUUCGUAUAGGUCCUUAUGUUUGUGCAGAAUGGAAUUUUGGGGGCUUCCCAGUGUGGUUGCGUGAUAUCCCUGGCAUAGUUUUUCGAACAGAUAAUGCUCCUUUUAAGGAGGAGAUGCAACGGUUUGUUAAGAAGAUUGUAGAUCUAAUGCGAGACGAAAAGCUAUUAUCUUGGCAAGGUGGUCCAGUUAUCAUGAUGCAGAUUGAAAAUGAAUAUGGAAACAUUGAACACUCAAUUGGGCCUGGGGGAAAAGAAUAUGUUAAGUGGGCUGCCAAGAUGGCUCUAGGGCUUGGUGCAGGGGUUCCAUGGGUAAUGUGCAGGCAGACUGAUGCUCCUGAAAACAUUAUAGAUGCAUGCAAUGAAUACUAUUGUGAUGGUUAUAAGCCAAAUUCCCCAAAGAAACCAAUAAUUUGGACAGAGGAUUGGGAUGGAUGGUAUGCGAGUUGGGGUGGAAACUUGCCUCAUAGGCCAGUUGAAGACCUAGCCUUUGCAGUUGCACGAUUUUUUGAACGGGGAGGGAGUUUCCAGAAUUACUAUAUGUAUUUUGGUGGAACAAACUUUGGUCGAACUGCUGGUGGCCCAUUUUAUAUAACUAGUUAUGACUAUGAUGCUCCAAUUGAUGAAUAUGGACUGUUGAGUCAGCCAAAAUGGGGGCAUUUGAAGGAACUGCAUGCUGCUAUAAAGCUUUGUGAACCAGCUCUAGUUGCUGCAGAUUCACCUCAGUACAUAAAAUUGGGACCUAAGCAAGAGGCACAUUUGUACCAUACAAAUGCUCACACUGAAGACCUGAACUUAACUCAGCAUGGAAGUCAAAGCAUUUGCUCUGCAUUUCUUGCGAAUAUUGAUGAGCAUAGAACAGUCACAGUGAGAUUCUUUGGUCAAUCAUAUACUUUACCACCGUGGUCAGUGAGCAUAUUGCCAGAUUGCAGGAAUGUCAUCUUCAACACUGCCAAGCAGGUAGCAGCACAAACUUCUAUCAAAUCUGUAGAGCUUGCUUUGCCUUAUUUUCCAGAUAUUUCUACAUCCAAGCAAAUCUUGGCUAAGAAGGAACAGUCCCUUACGACAACAUCCUGGAUGACUAUAAAAGAGCCAAUCAGCAUUUGGAGUGAGAACAAUUUUACAGUGCAAGGCAUAUUGGAGCAUUUGAACGUGACAAAGGACCAUUCUGACUACCUAUGGUAUUUCACCAGAAUAUAUGUUUCUGAUGAUGACAUUGCACUUUGGGAGGAAAAUAAAGUUCUUCCUUCAGUUACAAUAGAUAGCAUGCGUGAUGUGUUACGUGUAUUCAUUAAUGGCCAGCUUACAGGCAGUGUGGUCGGUCAUUGGGUCAAGGUGGUGCAACCAGUUCAAUUUCAGAAAGGAUAUAAUGAUCUAGUGUUGGUGUCCCAGACAGUGGGUUUGCAGAAUUAUGGUGCCUUCUUAGAGCGGGAUGGAGCAGGCUUUAUAGGACAAAUUAAGCUUACUGGAUUCAAGGAUGGAGAUAUAGACCUCUCAAAAUUAUUGUGGACCUACCAGGUGGGACUUCAGGGUGAGUUCCUCCAAAUCUAUACAGCUGAAGAUAAUGAAAAGGCAAAAUGGACUGAAUUGACUCUUAAUGAUAUUCCAUCGACAUUUGCCUGGUACAAGACGUACUUUGAUGCACCAGCUGGAUCUGACCCAGUUGCUCUUGAUUUAGGAAGCAUGGGAAAGGGCCAGGCUUGGGUAAAUGGCCAUCACAUAGGAAGAUACUGGACUCUGGUUGCUCCACAAGAGGGAUGCUCAAUAAAUUGCAAUUAUCAGGGAGCCUACAGUUCUGGAAAGUGUAGAACAAAUUGUGGGAAGCCUACUCAAACCUGGUACCACAUCCCACGGUCAUGGUUACGGGCAUCAAAUAAUUUACUUGUCAUCUUCGAGGAGACAGGAGGGAAUCCAUUUGAGACUUCAGUAAAGUUGCGUUCAGCCAGUGUGAUCUGUGCUCAAGUGUCAGAAACCCACUAUCCACCUAUCAAGAAUAGAUUCCAUCAUCCAGGUUUUGUUAAUGGAGCUAUUUCAAUUGAAGAUAUGACACCAGAAAUGCAGUUACAGUGUCAAGAAGGGUAUGUAAUUUCCUCAAUAGAAUUUGCUAGCUAUGGAACUCCCCGAGGCGGCUGCCAGAAGUUUUCUAGAGGCAAUUGCCAUUCACCCAAUUCAUUGUCUGUGGUGUCCAAGGCUUGUCUAGGAAGAAACAAAUGCAGUGUUUCAAUAUCAAAUGCUGUAUUUGACAGUGAUCCCUGCCGUGGCAUUGUGAAGACCUUGGCUGUCGAGGCAAGAUGUGUCUUAUCAUCCAAUGUCGGUCUCUCUCAAUUUUGACGUCAGAAGCGUCUGUUGCAAUUGAUAUCCAAAUUGUGUAGGUGUUGUCUCAGUAUCUUAUAGUUGUUGGAUGUAACACCUAUAUCCAUAUAAUAUGUAUUUAUGUAUUAUCAUACUAUAUAUAUAUAUACACAGACAAUGUGGACAUGUUUAAAAUAAGUCUCUCUUGUGCAUGUAGAUAUAUAUUAUAUACAUCUCAUAUUUACCAGGACUA